UACACGCGCUCAGCCGGCUUCUGCUGCUUCCGCGGCCAGCGUCGGCGCUAUCGCGGAAUCGGCCCGUUCGUCCUUCCCCGCCCGAAGCGGCGCCUUCCCCCGUUCUCCCUUCCUCCGGCGCCGUUCGCGGCAGCGAAACGCGGGCCGAGGUGGCGUCGAAAUCUCUCCGCGCGCCUGCGACUGUAGUUCAAGCAGUGUAGCGAGUGCAGUUGCCGUGUAACCCUUCGGUAGAUAGAGAGUGAGGGAUUGCGUGCAUCGCAUCCAAGAACCGAAAGCGGAGGACGUCACCCACAGACCCCGACGACAGGCAUCGGGCCCGUCGAACGGCCGCUGCGGGGGCGUCUGCUCGGCGAGGCACGGCGAACUUGUGUGCACUGUAGAAGAACCCGCGCAUAUUGCAACUGUGCCCAUAGAAGCGUAGAGGAUUCUUAUACAAGAAACGGCAGCAACAUGGCAGACACGACCGUGGCUGCUGCUGCAGCGGCCGCGGCCGCAGCGUCGACUGCCAAGUCCUUCUGCAUCGAAGCCCUGCUCGCGCGAGACUCGGGCCGAGCGACUCCUGCGUCCAAGUCGCCCGGCAGUUGCUCCGAAGGAGACGCCGCCAGUCCGCCGCCGCCCAACGUUCCGGCCUCGGUGGCGGCCGUGGUCGCCUCGCAGGCUGCCGGAAGACUCUUCGGGGCUUUUCCGGGCUACCAUCCCGCGCUUCAGGGGGGACAUCCGCUGUACGGACUUCAGGCCGCCGGUGGGGGUCUGCCCGCCGGUGCCCUGCCCGGACUGUUGCCCGGAAGUGCGUUUCACCCGACGUUGGCAGAACACGGCAUCAAGUCACAUGUGUCCUUAGACUGGUUGGCCAGGACUGCGGGCUUUUACCAGCGACCGGGUGAUGUCAUGUCAGGCCAGCCGCAGGCGGCACUGUUGGGCAAGACGCGGCGUCCGCGGACGGCGUUCACUAGCCAGCAGCUGCUGGAGCUGGAGAACCAGUUUCGCAUGAACAAGUACCUUUCCAGGCCCAAGAGGUUUGAGGUGGCCACAAACCUCAUGCUCACUGAGACACAGGUGAAAAUCUGGUUCCAGAACCGGCGCAUGAAGUGGAAGCGCAGCAAGAAGGCGCAGCAGGAGGCCAAGGCGCGAGCUGCCGACAAAGGAGGCGACCAGUGUCGGCAGAGCCCGGCGCCGUCCACGGGCAGUGCAACUUCCCAGCCGCCCCCGUCGCAGCAGGCGCCGCAGCAGCAGCAGCAAGCGCCGCACCGACACCUGCAGCCUCCACAGCACCGACUGCCCCUGAACAGCGGCGUCGAGUACCCGGACUCGCCGGUGGCGCGAGACCUCCACCUGAGACUCCAGCAGCCGCACCAGCAUCACCAUCAGCAGGACAGUGAGAGUGUGUCGUCGCGCGGGGCCAACAGCGACGCCGAGCCGGACGUGGCCUUGUCGCCGGGACUGGCGGACUCCAAUAUGGCGCUGUCGCUGUGUUCCCAGCCCACGGGGCGUAGCACAGACCUCAUCUACCGGCCUUACGUGGUGUGACGCUAGGCCUCCCGCGGCGAGGAACGUGGAGCGCAUCGCCGUUAAGCACGACACGCAAAGGCCCUCGGGCUACGAACGAUGGCAUCGCGAUUUCACAGGGCACCGCCAUGUUUGAAAACACAGGUGGCGCCACCUAUCACAAAUGGGACGAGGCUUUGGUCAUGGGCUACGACGCCACGAGAUACAUUGUAGUGCACAUGUAACUCCAAAUUGCUGAGUCUAUUAAGUCAAUGAAUGUUCGCCCAGGUGCAUUAUCCACGACGACUGCCUGCGAAGUGUCACGAAACGCCGCAAGCCGUUGCUGACUGAAAAAUUUUCACCGCUUGAGAAAGGCUAACCGUUCUGCAGGCGUUCAGAACAAAGUUUCGUCACUCACUCACCGCUUGAGAGAGGUGGAGUCACUCCAGCCGUUCAACGUGGUUGGAAUAUUUGUCCGGUCAAUACAGUGUACCAAACGCCGCUCAGUCGGUAAGACUUUCUCACCGUCAUGCCCUCGCACAAUUCUACGCUAUUUUACAAGUCGUACGCCCUGCUUCGGCUGCUCCGACGAGCCGAAGUUAGCGCCAUAUUUGUGUUCUUCCACCAUGCUGAGUGCUGCCUCGAUUCUAGUCGUCCCUACUUUCCCGGUCUCGUCGAACACGGCAGUGGCAUACAAUUUUUCAGAUUACACGGCAGUCGGUCUGCAAAAGUGCACGAGUCCGCACUGUUGUGAGGCGUCCAGGUCCGGAACUACUUUUGAACCGGUAUCGGGAUAUAAGGGAAUCUCUCCAAAUUCCUUCGAUUUACACUGAACAAUAGAUAUCAUGCGAGAGUUACGUAAAUAAGAAAGACAGCUGUAUAAAUUGCUCUUCCGACUCUACCAUUGACUCGUUCGCGCUCAGAUAUUACAUAGAAAUAUGAACUCGCCGUGCGGCUUGUUUGUUACCUUGCUGGGGUGCAUUAUUUUCGUGCCUAAUCAAAAAUACAUCAGAAGUGUGUGUCUUCUGUGGAGAUGCCAGACAAAGGAGAGAUAGAAGAUAUAUAAAUGUGUGCAGCAGCUAGACGUUGGCGCCAUGUGUUAGUUCACUCUUAUUGCAAAACACAGUGCGAUGUGUUUACCUUCUGAAAUAUGGCGCUAAGUUCUCUAUACGGUGACGUGAACCCUUUUUUCCGGUCCAGCGCGCAUGUCGCAAAGACUAUGCGUAUUUCAAAAUUACCUUGCAGCUAACGAGAAACUACUGCACAUAAAUCUAGUACAGUUGACUCCCCUUAAUUCAACCUUUGCGGGACGGCCGCAUUUUGGUUGAAUUAUCUGAAAGGUCGAAUUAUCAAAUCAUUCCAAAAUAAACGAAUUUAUAUCUUAUUUAUUGUUUGAAUUGGUCUGUCACUGUCCGUGGACUAGUUGAAGGCAAUAUUACAGUAACAAUCCCUGUCGUCGUCGGUCAGGAGCCCACAGACGUCAGCACUGUUGGCGGUGCUGACAAAAUCCCCAAAAGAGUUUGACGUAAUAGUUCUGCGGAAACCCGCAAGGUGGAGAGAAGUAAUUAAUAAGGCAAAAUCAGACAUCCACCUGUUCGUAGCAAUUGCUACAAAGGAAACCCAUACAGGUUCCCCGAAAGAUAAGACUCGCAGUGGAAGCUUCAACUGCGAGGCUUACCUUUCGAGGAACCCGUAUGGGUUUCCUUUGUAGCAAUUGCUACGAAUGGGUGGAUGUCUGAUUUUCCCUUUAUUAAUCCCCAAAAGAGGCACCGUGCAGGGCGACCCUCAAGUCAUCAUCAUCGUUGCAGGGCUUGUUGCUGCCAUCGCCGUCGUCACCUAAGGAAGCAGUAGCGCCGUCUGCGGAAAUUUUUGCGUUUUCGAGAUUUUAAUGGCAGCUACCGCGCAUGCAUGAUGAGGCGUCGGGGGAGGGGAUAGCAUUAACCGAAGCAGCGUACUUUCGCGUUUGAACUAGCCGAGUUUUUCUUUCAAAGCAAUGAAUGCUUUUUUGCCAGCACUUUUCAGUGCGUUCGAAUUAAGUGACAAGUCGAACUACUCACGGUCCCGUUAACGGGCGUCGACUGUACUGAAAGGCACCCUAAAAUGGAACCUCUGGGCAAAAUUUGGGCGCGAACGAGCACGCAGUUUAGCCGGAUGAACCAGUUUUUCCUGCGUCCCUUACCCACACAAACUCCCUUACUAUGGAAAGGUGCGCAGCUUGGCGUUUGGAAUCAUUUCCAGUGCGCUUACUUCCAUAGAUUUUUGGGAAGCAGUGGCGUUACAGCAGAACUACACUCCGGUAGCUCUGUUCUUGUACCAGUAAGAAGCGGCAGAACGAUAUUAUGUGGUUAACAGCGCCGGGCGUACGCAAAGACUUGCUUCGCAUAUUAUUAUUAUUAUUAUUAUUAUUAUUAUUAUUAUUAUUAUUAUUAUUUGUUUUGCACACAUAUACACAUAUACACAGGUAACAGGAAAGGGAUAGCGAGGAGCAGGCUGGCAACUGCCACCGGAAGGGGCAAAACGCCUGCCUACUCUUCUGAAGGGAGGCGACAGCAACACAUAAAGAUGAUCAUGGCGAUGACGCACGAUAUUAGCGGGGAAAAAAUGCAAGGGUGUACAGGCCCAACCUAACCAUGGUAACUGGGUGAUCGCAGCUCGGGAAUUCCGUCUGCUAACUUUAGAAAGAAUCUCGAGGUUAACUUUCGCCCAGUAUUUCGCGUGUCUGCGGUUUGUAAGUGACUGCCUCAGCAGGAACCUAGACUUUAUCGGACAGAGCAGUAGCAAAGAAGCAAGCAGGCCCUGCGAAUUUCAAACAGGGUUUGCUGUUUCAUUCACGAGUCACAGUGGAGUCGUUGCGUCGCUGUACGACAGCAGUUUUCCAAGUGUCACCGACAUUAAAGGCAGUGAUGGCGUUUCUGGACCGACGCUCGCGCGUGCAUGCAAUGGCCUCGAUCAUCGCCGAAGUGGCGUCCAGUUCCUCGUAUCGCGGGGCGAACGCCCAUUUCGAUGAGCGUUUCACGUCGAUCGAACGUAGCGUAGUAGGAUAUAAUUUAUUCAGUUCUCAUUUUAACGCGACAGCGUUAAGGAGCUCGUGUCGCAGAAAAGCCGGUGUCGUUGGCGUCGGUGUCGGCGGCGGCGGCGUUGGCCGUGAGCGUUUUUCAUGCAUUUUUUUUAUCUCGUAAGUUCAUUCUGCAUUCUGCCGGUGCUGUUGUGAAGUUCUUGUGACGAUUUGCUGUGAGGUGAGGCAGAUUUCGAUUCCUUUCGCACCGGGAGUUGAAAUGCUUGAUACAAGUACCGUUAGGAGGUAAUCACUUUAUUUAGAUAUACACGGACUGCGUCUUAGUACGACUGAGCAAUAAGUAACGUGCUUCGAUCGCCCACGAUUGAACCAACGUAAAUAGACAACCGAUGCUUAUUGGUAAAAUAAGUUAUAAUUAUUAGGAAAGCAGCUGCAUUGUGCGCCGCAGGUCAAGCUGUAAAAUGAAGAUAGUGCAAGGUUUGCGUGACUGCUGUCAUUUCUGCAUGGAGUACAAAUUUAGUUUGUGAACUGUCGUCGCAUGGAACAAUUUAUGUGCAAUUUUGUGCGGUGACUUAUAUGACAUCCGUUCAAGUCUCACAGAGACAGUGUCUUCGCGUAUUAACAAAGGUUACAGAAGCAGGUACAAGCAGUUUGUGUGAACACGGAGCGUUCAAAUUUAAAGAUGAUUAAUUGCACUGAAGUGUACAUUAUAUUCUCGUGCUUCUGUCACGUAGACUGUAAGUCGCAUGUUGGAAAAAAACAAACAGAUGGAGUGAUAUUUAUUUACAGAAAGGCAGAGAUGUCGGCCUAAGAAGAAGCAAAGGCAUCUUUCAUUUGAUACCGAUAUCAAAUGAAAGAUGCUCUGUUCUCUUUUGUUUGUUUGUUUGUUUGUUUGUUUGUUUGUUUGUUUGUUUGUUUGUUUGUUUGUUUGUUUGUUUGUUUGUUUGUUUGUGUUUGCCAAAAUUUGACUUUUUUUUUCUAAUCUACGCCACAGAAGCAUGUGAAUAUAAAGUACAGUUCAGUGCAAUUUUACGUUCGUAUUCUAACCAUUGUAUACCUUAUUCGGUGGCUUGAAACAUAUUGAAUGGUGAUCUUCUGAACAAGCAGUACGUGGUGGCUGACUCAAAUAAUGUACUGAGCGAUAAAAAGUUUGUUUCCGCUGUCACCUCCGGUGCAAUAUUCGUCAUGCAGUGCUGAUGGUGUCACGACGUGAACUGCCAACUUCGGUUUCGAAAGCCCUUUCAUAUGCGAAUGCUGCGAGUGAUGUCGUUGAUUCGGUUUCAACGCGCACUUAAUUAAAAGAAGAAAAAAAAAAGAUCGAACACUGUGCGGAAUACCCGAUCUCUAAUGUCGCCCUUUACAGGCUUUGCUUUCAGUGAAUGUGCUCGGAGUCAUUCUUUCUGAGAAACAAAGAAAGAAAAACACCCUCAGUUUCAUUUAGUACCUCAUACUGUACAUAACCUGUUCAUUAAAAAUUCUUCUAUAGG